AUGUCUUCCAAGGACGAGAUUAGAAUCAUGGGCAUGCCGCCCUUCCUGGUCGACUUCCUGAUGGGUGGUGUCUCCGCCGCCGUCUCGAAGACCGCCGCUGCCCCUAUCGAGCGUGUCAAGCUUCUCGUCCAGAACCAGGAUGAGAUGAUCAAGGCUGGCCGUCUUGACCGCCGAUAUGCCGGUAUCAUGGACUGCUUCCGCCGUACCACUGCCGACGAGGGUGUCAUGGCUCUGUGGCGUGGCAACACUGCCAACGUCAUCCGUUACUUCCCUACCCAGGCCCUGAACUUCGCCUUCCGUGACAAGUUCAAGAAGAUGUUCGGCUACAAGAAGGACAAGGAUGGCUACGCCAAGUGGAUGGCUGGUAACCUGGCCUCCGGUGGUGCCGCUGGUGCCACUUCCCUGCUCUUCGUCUACUCUCUCGACUACGCCCGUACCCGUCUUGCCAACGACGCCAAGUCCGCCAAGAAGGGUGGUGAGCGCCAGUUCAACGGCCUCGUCGAUGUCUACCGCAAGACCCUUGCUUCCGACGGUAUCGCUGGUCUUUACCGUGGUUUCGGUCCCUCCGUCGCUGGUAUCGUCGUCUACCGUGGUCUCUACUUCGGUCUGUACGACUCGAUCAAGCCCGUCGUCCUCGUCGGCAACCUGGAGAACAACUUCCUGGCCUCCUUCGCUCUCGGUUGGUGCGUCACCACUGGUGCCGGUAUCGCCUCUUACCCUCUUGACACCAUCCGUCGUCGCAUGAUGAUGACCUCCGGUGAGGCCGUCAAGUACAGCAGCUCUGUCGAUGCCUUCCGCCAGAUCGUCGCCAAGGAGGGUGUCAAGUCUCUCUUCAAGGGUGCCGGUGCCAACAUCCUCCGUGGUGUCGCCGGUGCUGGUGUCCUGUCCAUCUACGACCAGCUCCAGGUCCUGAUGUUCGGCAAGGCCUUCAAGGGCGGCUCCGGCUAA